GCCAAAGCUGAAUGUGUAGACCGUCACAUGUUGUUUCCUCUCUUCAGUCUCAACAUCAGUCGACAUGUGUUAUUUAUUGCUUGGCUGCAGGAGAAGAAAAGCGCAAGUGUAGUUCUGGAAAUAGAGGAUAAAGAAUAAAGCGCGGAGUUUGUUUUUUCCUCUUUAUUUUUCCUUUUUCUCUCCAAGCUGCUCCUGGAAAUUAAAGCGCUGCGCUCUGGUUUGGUCUAAAAAGGGACGCAAGAAUGGCGAGUCCGCCGGCCGCGGGCGGUCAGUCGCUUAUGACCAACGCUUGUAAUAUAAACAGCAAUAAUAACAGCGCGAAGAAAUGUGGAUAUCUGAAGAAACAGAAACACGGGCACAAGCGCUUUUUCGUUUUAAAGGAGCCGUGCGAUGGGUUUUCUGCGCGCUUGGAGUACUACGAGAGCGAAAAGAAAUGGAGAAACAAGUCCGCCGCCAAGAGAGUUGUUCCUUUGGACUGCUGCCUCAACGUCAGCAAGAGAGCGGACGCCAAACACAGGUAUCUCAUUGCUCUUUACACCAAGGAUGAGUAUUUUGCCGUGGCGGCUGAAAGCGAGCAGGAACAGGAGAGCUGGUACCGCGCACUGACGGACCUGACGGCUGAGGCCAAAGUAUGUGACGGCUCGGCGUCCAACUCUGCGUCCUCGCUGGUUGGCUUCGACGAGGCGAGUUACGGUGUAAUAACGCCGGUUGCCGCCGCCUACAAGGAGGUAUGGCAAGUCAACGUAAAAUCCAGAGGACUGGGUCAGAGCAGGAAUCUAACCGGCGUCUACAGGCUCUGCCUCUCCAGCCGGAUGAUCAGCUUCGUUAAACUCAACUCGGAGGUCGCCUCCGUCGUACUACAGCUGAUGAACAUCCGAAGGUGCGGCCAUUCCGACAGCUUUUUCUUCAUCGAGGUGGGUCGGUCUGCAGUCAUCGGUCCCGGUGAGCUGUGGAUGCAAGCUGACGACUCGGUGGUGGCUCAAAAUAUUCAUGAAACUAUCCUGGAGGCCAUGAAAGCGAUGAAGGAGCUGUCGGAGUUCCGCCCGCGCAGUAAAAGCCAGUCAUCCAGCACCAACCCCAUAUCUGUACCAACAAGGAGACACCUGAAUAAUCUUCCCCCGAGUCAGACCGGGCUCUCCCGCAGGUCCCGCACUGACAGCACAUCUACCACCUCUCCAGUGAGUAGUAAAUGCUUAUCUUGCCGGAUACGCACCGCCAGUGAGGGCGAUGGCACCAUGACACGCCCAAUGUCUGUCACUGAGAGCCCCCUCAGCCCAGGGGUCCACAGGACCCUUCUAAGCCGGUCCCACACCAUAACAGCACGCCCGUCUUUAACCUUUGAAUCAUCUACCCUCCAGCACAGUAAGUCUAUGUCAAUGCCUCUGUCCCAUUCUCCACCUGUGGCGACCCCAUGUGCUGGAAAUGUGUCCUCAUGUGUGGACAGCAGUGUCCCCCGCCCUUCCAGCUGCAGUGCAUCUUUCUCAGGCUCCCCCAGUGAUGCAGGCUUUAUUUCGUGUGAGGAAUAUGGCUCCAGCCCUGCCGAUGCACGGGACCUCAGGUUACCACUAACCCUACGUAGCAACACUCCUGAGUCUCUCAAAGCCGAUACCCCACCCUCUAGGGACGGCAGUGAACUUGAUGGUUACAUGGUGAUGGAGAGGCAAAAUCAGAAUGGUUACCGGCGAAUGUCAGAGCUGGAUAAAGUCUAUCGAAAGCGGACAUACUCCCUUACUACCCCCCGCCAGCAGAGGCGGCCCCCUCAGGUGUCUUCAGCUUCUCUGGAUGAGUACACUCUGAUGAGAGCCACGUACACCAGUGGAAGCCAGUCUUCUCUGAGGUGCCACACAGCCUCACCUAAAGGAAGCGGGUUAGAAGACAACAGGGACGUUCACAGCAGUUCUAACAGUCUCCAUGGUGACAGUGGCUACAUGCCCAUGAUGCCUGGAGCCGGACCCCAGACUCCAGGGUCCAAGGACAGCCCCUACAUGCCCAUGAGCCCCAUGUGUGUUUCUGCUCCCAAACAGAUCAUAAACCCCCGUUCACACUCCUGCACCGCAGGGCUGGCCCCACGCAAGGACUCCCCUGGCAGUGUUUCUCUGGAGGACAGUGGUUACAUGCCAAUGUGGUGUGGGCAGAAGAUGUCAGUGGAAAGCAGUGAUGGAAAGCCAAACACUGGAGAGUACCUGUACAUGUCUCCUGUUGAUGCUCCGGUUUCUCUCACACCUCCUGACUACCAUCUCAGUCCCUCGGGGGACCCACAGCCCCACCACAGACCACCUUUUUGUUACAACUCUCUACAAAGAUUAGUCAAAGGACAGUUACAGCGAAAUGGGUCAUCUGACACUGAUCAGUAUGUUGUGAUGAGUUUACAGAGACAGCGGAUAGAAGAAGAGUCCACCGGUGGUCCCGUCUCCCCUGGAGAAUCGGGAAGCAGCAGCUCCCCAUGUACGCCAGGCACUCCGUCCUCUCUCCCCUCUCCUCUCAGACUGACUCGGCUAGAAGGAGGAAUGUUGCAUCGCAGUAAGGUGUGUCGCCCCACCCGCCUGGCUCUGGAAUCCCUUAAAACACUACCAUGUAUGAGCGAGCAUCCUCUUCCCUCAGAACCUCGCAGCCCUGGAGAAUACAUCAACAUAGAAUUUGGUGGAGCUGCCCAUGUCCCGCUGAUGGAGAACUCAGAGGCUGGAAGUGUAAUGUGCAUAGAUGGUGGAGCCCUGUCAUUGUCAGACUAUGCUAACAUUGAUAUGAGUUCACCGGUUCACCUUGAAUCACACCAAGGAGAGGAUUCCCACUCAGCAGGGUGUCUGAACCACACACCUGAAGUUUUGAUUUGUCCCAGUGUGGGAAGCAGCCGGCAGGGCACACAGGGAGAUCAGAGCAAAGAGGAUGAGAGGAGAACAGAGGCGGAGACAAAGGAGAUGGGACAGAAAGGAAGUCCUGUGUUAGAGCCGCCUGCUCUUACCAAAGGUGACUACACAGAGAUGACCUUUGCCCCCCCUCCUCCUUUAUCUGUUCCCCGUAUGACCGAUGCCACCCCCCUUCCCACCAGCCCCACUGCAUGUAUGAAGAGACUCAGCCUUGAAAGUAGCUUAGAGGAUGUCGUACCCCCAGUGCCAGUAGAUUCUUUCCUGCUUGGGGGUCCUUCGUUAUCUCACACAGUUGUAGAUCCAAACCGGGGGGCCAAAGUUAUCCGGGCAGACCCUCAGGGGCGUCGCCGACAUAGCUCCGAGACCUUCUCCUCCACUACUACUGUGACGCCAGUGUGCCCAUCUUUUGCCCACGACGCCAAGCGGCACAGCUCCGCCUCUGUGGAAAACGUGUCCCGCUCUGUGCAAAGCUCCGAGGGGCCUGGCGAAGACCACAACAGCCCCAUGUGCAGGGAAACGUCAGCGGGGUAUCAGAAUGGACUGAACUACAUUGCCUUAAACCUGAUGGAGGGAAACCUUGGAGGGGGCAGAUUAGGGGGGUGCGACGAAAUCCUGAGGUUCAAGACGGCUUGCGGCUGCAAAGGGGGCCUAAAUGGUUUUAGCGCCAGCCCUUAUGCCAGCCUGGGAUUCAAGGAGACUACUACUGCUGCUGUGAAAGAGUGAAGACUCAUUGGUCUUCCCAGCGUUCCUCAUCCUUUCCCUUCCUUUGCUGUGAAAGUUAAUUCUGCUGCAUCCUGAUGACAAGGUCACCACUGCAACAGCUGGACAGCUGACGUCCCUUCAACUUUAUGCUGCGGCCAUAACCUUGGACAAAUGGACAUUGGACCCUUUACCUAAAUCCCUCUCCUUUUUUUUCUCAGCACCCAAACAUCCAGGUGCCAUUGCUGCUGUAGUGCUAGAAAAAGAACUCUAACAGAAUAUAAAACUCUUAACACUUGAUGGGUAACUUUAUCUCUGCGUUUAGGCCUUCAAACUGUUCUGCACAUUAUUAGAUCAUCAUCUGUUUAACUUAUGUCCAUUUCCAGACUUAGAAACUUGUUUUGUUUUGGCUUUAGCCAAGUAGUAGUCAGAUUUUUCUUACCAUAAAACCUGUGAACCAAACCCGGAGAGCAUGAGCUAACAACUACAUGCAAGAAAAAAAUCAACAAAAGAAAACAACCUUUCAUGAGUACUGAUGAACACAUAUUUAUUUAUUUAUCAAUAGUGUAUGUUUGCAUUAAAUGAAAAGGGUGAGAAUCUGUAUACAGGGUUGUUCAGCAAAAAGAGACGGCGUUUGUGAGCAUAUUUAAAAGUCAAAGGUUACGUUUGCUUACACAAGAAAUACCUCAGCACCAAGUCAACAAGUAGAUAUAUAUAUAUAUAUAUGAAAUAUUUAUUUUCAGAGGUGAAUGUGAAAAUAAAAAGAAAAAAAUUAUAUAUAUAUA